GCAUCACAGACUAACACACAUUUUAUGGAAGGCAAGCAACUGAGGCAUGUCACCGCUUUAAGCCUCAGCAUCUGCAGUUGUCUGUCUGAUGUUUGACUUUUUUGGUUGUCUGGAUUAAUGUUGACUGAAUCAUGUCAGACAAUAUACUGGAAGAAAUCUUCAUUAAACGAUCUCAGCAGAAGAAGAAGACCUCCCCUUUGAACUACAAGGAGAGAUGGUUUGUUCUCACUCAGGAAAAAAUAGCCUACUAUGAUUUUGAUUCUGACAAAGGGAAGCGAAAAGGUUUAAAAGGAUCAGUUGACAUCGAGAAGAUCAGGUGUGUAGAGACAGUCCAGCCAGAGACCAACUCCCCGCAAGAGCGCAUGUAUGCUUUCCAGAUCAUUUAUGAUGAGGGGCCGCUGUACAUCUUUGCAAAGACUGAGGAUAUACGGGCUCAAUGGAUAAAGAAGCUGAAAGAAAUGGUGCGCUUCAACAAGGAUCUCAUGCAAAAGUACCAUCCUUGUUUCUGGGUGGAUGGGGUUUGGCUGUGCUGCCAGCAGGAAGUUAAACAAGCAAUGGGUUGCAAGGUGCUAGAUAAUAAGAACGGCUUUACAUCUAAACCAUCUCGGCGAAGGGGAUCCAGGAAACCUCUUCCUCCUACACCAACAGAGGAGAAGUUGGUUCGGCCUUUACCUCCACAGCCUCCUGAGCCACCUUCCCCCUCUGUAGGCAUGACUGUCAUAGCAGAGUAUAACUACACACCAAUGUCACCCCAAGACCUGGAGCUCAGGAAGGAUGAAGAGUACACCAUCCUGGAGAUGUCUGAUCAGAAUUGGUGGAAAGCCAGAAGAAAAAUAAGCUAAUCAACUUGACUAUUAAAUGAAGGAUACAUACCUUGUAAUUAUGUUGUGGAAGCCGAACAUGGGCUAGAAAAAUUUGACUGGUAUUCCAAGAAUAUGAACCGUAGCCAGGCAGAGAAGCUGUUAAAGACUGAGAACAAAGACGGAGGCUUCCUGAUACGGGACUCAAGCAAGGCCGGGAAAUAUACUGUGUCUUUGUUCACUAAGGGUGGCGGGGAAACUAGUGGAAGCUGCAGACAUUAUAACAUCUGCACCACUGCACAGGGCCAGUUCUACCUGGCAGAGAAGCAUCAUUUCAGCAGCAUCCCAGAGCUCAUCAACUACCACCAGCACAAUGCAGCAGGUAUGGUUAGCAGGCUGAAAUACAUUGUUUCUAACCGGGCACGGCCUCCAUCAACAGCAGGGCUUGGCUAUGGUGUGUGGGAGAUUGAACCCCAUUGCCUCACCUUUAUCAAGGAGCUGGGCAAUGGUCAGUUUGGAGUGGUGAAAUAUGGAAAGUGGCAGGGCCAGCACGACGUUGCCAUUAAGAUGAUUAAAGAGGGCUCCAUGUCUGAAGAUGAUUUUAUAGAAGAAGCCAAAAUCAUGAUGAAGCUUCGCCAUGAAAACCUGGUCCAGCUGUAUGGCGUGUGCACCAAACAAAGACCCAUUUAUAUAGUGACUGAGUUCCUUUCCAAUGGCUGCCUGCUGACGUACCUCAGGGAGGGCCUGAAGCAGCACCCAACAACUGUCCAGCUCCUAGAGAUGUGUAAAGACGUCUCAGAGGGCAUGGCCUAUCUUGAAUCACAGCAGUACAUCCACAGAGACCUGGCUGCCAGGAACUGUUUAGUUGAUGCAAAUGGCACCGUCAAAGUGACUGACUUUGGACUGUCAAGGUAUGUCUUAGAUGAUGAGUACACAAGCUCAGCAGGUUCUAAGUUUCCUGUUCGCUGGUCACCUCCUGAAGUCCUCCUCUACUGCAAAUUCAGCAGCAAGUCAGACAUAUGGGCAUAUGGGGUUCUUCUGUGGGAGGUGUACACUUUGGGACGGCUUCCGUAUGAGCGCCUUAACAACACGGAAAUAGUGGAUCAAGUGUCCCGGGGCCUGCGCCUCUACCGCCCCCAGCUGGCCAAUGAAAAGGUCUACAGCAUUAUGUCAAGCUGUUGGCUUGAGAAAGCAGAUGACAGACCCACCUUUCAGGAGUUGGCGCUUACUGUUCAGGAUUUGCUGUAUGAGCUCCAGUAGACUGUAGAACAGUUGAUCCCCACAGAUCAGCAUCUCCACUUGUCCCUGGAAAGAUAACACAAUCAUUUCAACAGCUUGAACAUGGGACUGUGCAGCCACACUGAGAUCCUCUGUAAUGUGAAUAUAUGUAUUGUGAAUGUCUCUAUAACUCACUGGUAAGAAUAGCCUAUAUAUUAGAUUAUUAGAAGUACAGUCCUACAGGCUAGCAUUUAAAAUGUGUUUAUUUUGUUGAAAGUCCUUGGUCUUUAUUGAUCAUGUGUAUUGUAUUCUGUGGAAUCAUUGUAAAAUGUAGAGACCUUUGCAUUUGGAAACAAGCUUUGUGAGAACAUAUAUUGCACAAAUAAAAGCCAAGUAUGCCAGGCUUUAAAA